UUGUGGGAGUGGAAGAAGUAGAGUGUGAGUUUUGUGUUUUAAGUUAGGAGGAGUUUGUGGGAGCGAAAGGCAACAGCCUCGAAGCUAGUUUCAACUAGUGGGAGGUUGUCUGCACACAACAGCAAGAAGAAGAACACCUUCAUCAUCCAUCCAUCAUUAAACCCUUUCUUCAAUUAACUCUAACGAAGUUAGUGAUAUAGAUAUACAGAAUAAUUUCUUUGAGAAUAUAUAUAUAUAUAUAGUUACAGCUAUAAUUUGUGUGGAUGGCUCGUGGAAAGAUUCAGAUGAAGAGGAUUGAGAAUCCGGUGCACCGGCAGGUGACCUUCUGCAAGAGGCGUGCUGGCCUCCUCAAGAAGGCUAAGGAGCUCUCCGUGCUGUGCGAUGCUGAAAUUGGACUUUUCAUUUUCUCCGCCCACGGCAAGCUCUAUGAACUAGCUACCAAAGGAAGCAUGCAAAGUUUGAUUGAGAGGUACAUGAAGUGUAGUGGGGAAGUUGCAGCUGAUGAUCAAGAGGCCAAAGAGAAGCAAAUUAACAUGGACCCCAAGGAAGAGAUUAGCAUGCUAAAGCUUGAGAUUGAGAUACUCCAGAAGGGACUCAGGUAUAUAUCUGGAGGAGGAGGUGGUGCAAUGACUCUGGACGAACUGAAUGUCCUGGAGAAACAUCUUGAGAUAUGGAUAUACCAUGUUCGUUCCGCAAAGAUGGACAUUAUGGUUCAAGAAAUUCAGCUGCUGAAGAAUAAGGAAGGUAUACUCCAAGCAGCAAACAAGCAUCUACAAGAGAAGAUAGAGGAGCAGUAUGGGAUGGUUGAAAUGGGAGGAAUGCUGACUAACAUUCAAUACCCUGCAGCACUAACAAGUACUAACUUGCGGAGCCUGCAGUACCCGCUAACUAUACCAAAUGAGACAUACGAUCAGUUAAUUUAGCUACGUCGAUAUGCUCAUUCUUAUAGUAUAUGCACGGGACUUGGACGUCCUGGUCUAGCUAUAUAUUAUAUGUGGUAAUUGUUAAUGUAAGAAGAUAAUAAAAGUGGUGUUGUAGCGUGUGACUCUAUACGUCCACGUUUGAAUAUCAACUAGAUCAUAUAUGUGUGGUGGCUUGCAGACAUGCAUCCUGUGUUUAAUUAUGCAUCUAAUUUAGUCUUGUACUCUUGUUAAUUACGUCCUAAUCUAUUCUAUUUAUAAUAA